AUGGAAGUGGUGUUGGCCAGGAAUUUUGUUGAGUUCAGUGGAGUAUCCAAGGCAAUGUUCAUUUUCUUUUUCCUUCCAAUUUUCUUGACUGAGGAUUACAGAGCACCUCCUAUUGUCCCUAAGACAACUUAUAUCAUAGCCUGGAAUGGCCCAAAUGAUGUAUGUUUCGAACUAUAUAAUAUUUCUGUGGAUGUGAGCAUCUAUUCAUUAGUAGGAAACCCCAGAUUAGGUGUCGUAAAUCAAAAUGUUACUUUACUUUACAUUGAUAACAUUGGUAAGAUUCCCUACAUCAACUUAGUCACAAAAGAGGAAAAACAUCGAGGACUUCCUUCAUUGGGAGACCUAUAUGGACACUUGGAAAAGGCUGAGGAAGAUAUUAUCAGUCUCUUUCCAGAAGAUAAGUUGGGCUUGGCUGUGAUAGACUUUGAUGCGUGGAAUCCUGUCUGGGAAAGGAAUAGAGGUAACAGAAUAAUUUACCGGAAGAAAACAGUUGAGGAGGUUAAGAAGACUAAUCCAGACCUUCCUGAUGAGAUUGCCGAGGAUGUAGCCCAAGAAGAUUUUGAAAAGAAAGCAAAGGAGUUCAUGCUGAAGACUUUGCAGUUGGCUCGGAAACUCCGACCAAAAAAUUAUUGGGGUUUUCAUGAUUAUCCUGAAUGUUACAAUAAUAAUUUUCGUAACGACCCCUACAAUGGAAGUUGCCCUGAAAGUGAGAAGAACAGAAAUGAUGAGCUCAUCUGGUUAUGGAAUGAAACCACUGCCCUUUACCCAUCCAUUUAUUUGAGUACAAGCUUAAAGGAUAGUCAAAAGGCUGCACUCUUUUCGCGUAAUCGAGUUAACGAAGCCCUUCGGAUUUCUAAAGUAUGGAACAGAAAUAAUCCACUUCCGGUUUUUGUAUACAUGCGUACAGUUUAUACGGAUGAUAGGACACAGUUUCUUUCCGAGACUGACCUUGUGCAUACAAUUGGUGAAACUCUGGCUCUUGGGGCCUCAGGAGUUGUCAUCUGGGGAAGCUACACGAUAGCCCAAUCAGAGGUUGCUUGCAGAAAUCUAAAAACUUUUGAGAGAGAGACACUGAGUCCAUACUUAAUCAACGUCACUCUAGCAGCUAAAAUGUGUCACCAAGCACUCUGCCAAGAUCGAGGAUUCUGUACGAGGAAAGACUGGAAUUCAAAUGACUACCUUCACCUGAACCCAAAGAAUUUUGUUAUUAAGUUUGCAUACUGUGACAAGUUCAUAGUAUACGGGGAGCCCUCAAUUGAAGACCUACAGCAGUUUUCUGACAAAUUUGAUUGCACCUGUUUUGCCAAUGUCACUUGUAAGAAGAAUGAUGAAGUAGAAAAUGUUAAAAACAUAAGGGUCUGCAUUAAUGAGGAAACUUGCAUAUCAGCCUUUGUAAACCCAGGAGAAAUACAGGAAAGUACCACAGAACCCAAAACAACCUCCACAGAAAUUGCCGCCACACCCAUCUACAUAACGGCCCCCACAACCACCACCACAACCAAUACCACAGCCCUUACCACACCUACCGCCUAA